AUGAAGACUUAUGCAGUAAUUGACCCAUCAGAUAGCCCAAUAGUUGUGCUUGGAUAUGGCCACUUCUUCACAGCGGACUCUCUUGACGGAGUGCUGGGCAUGGCGGAGGUGUAUGAUGUUGACGGACACGGACAUUUCAUCGGACUCAAAGAUAUGUCUGGACAGUUGGCUCACUUGGUUCCUCGUUGUCCUGACUGUCAAUGUCCCGUCCGACAGUUUGCAACGAAUAGAUAUAAUAGGGUGAUAAACCGGGCUGUCAUAGAUGAGAUGUCCAAACGUUUUCUCACGACGGGGAAAGAUGACCUUCGAAGAUUGGCAGAUGAACUUGCAGAGCUUGAAAAGAGCCUGGAGGCAACUCGAGAGGAAAUUGUGCAGUCAGUUCGUCAGGCCAAAGCUCAUGUGACUUCAAGCUUCACCCAAGCAGAAAUUUCGAAAGUCACAGGUGUCCUUCAAAAACGACACAACGAAUCGCGGAAAAUAGAGGGCCGUAUCAAAACCUGGCGCAACAGUGUCGCUGAUCAACAUCAACCCGCGAAAAAGUUACAUGACGCAACAGUUCAAGCAGCUAGAAGAGCCGCUGUUGUCCAUGCAUCACUGGAUUUGAUACUCGAUGAUUUAUCUCUGAUGGAGAUGGCACCAGUCCUACCAUCUGAUCGUCGAGUGACCAUGGGUGGACAAAUGCUUCAGAUCAAGAGCAAAUGUCUCAUCCUCAAUGACAAAUUUAUCAUUGCUCAAGCGCUGAAAGCACUCUCCAACAGUAAAUCUAUCAAGAUGCCUGGCGGAUCUCCUGCUUUACUUGCGAUUCCGUUUUUUGAGAGCUGCAAAGCUUUCAUUGGCGAGUGCCAUGUAGAAAAUCUGCCGAAGUUACUUGUCGAAGCGUCGCUAUUCUACGCCAGUAUUGCACGCUGCUUCGAAUCCUUCUGCAAUACUGAUAAGAUUGACCUACGAACUUCGACAGCUUACAUAGCGAAGGCUAAGCAGCUUUUCGAAGAAGCUUCUGAGGUUUGCAAGCAACCGUUUCAUAACGCUCAAAGCUUGCGAGAUACAGUCGAGGUAUCGAUUCGUCUGAUGAGAAGGCAAUGGUAUGACGAGGUUACAGCGGAUGAACUGAAUGCAAUUAAAAAUACGAUGGUGCAGGGUUCUCAGGGAAUUGCGAGUCAUUCGGGCCAUUGGUAUAAUUGCAAGAAUGGACAUCCGUUUGCAAUUGGUGAGUGUGGUAUGCCAAUGGAACAGGCUCGAUGUCCUGAAUGCGGAGCGGCUGUUGGCGGACAGAAUAAUACGCCGGCUGGUGGGGUAACUCGCGCGACACAGAUGGAAGAUUGA